AUGCAGUGUCCUGCAAAUGCUAGUGUGGAUCAGGAAAGGAAUCAUCAGAACUUGGAAGAGAACCUUCAGAUUAUUUCUUUCCAGCGUGGAAGUUCCUCAAUUUCUUCAUACAUUGAGCAGUCAUAUGUGCAGAUUGAAGUGGAAAAGUUGAGUGCAGAAUUGCAAAAUACUCUUGGCAUGUACAAACGAGCUUGUGAAGAGCUGGUACAUGCCCAAAGCAAGGUCCAACUACUUUCUUCCGAAUUCCUUGAAGAAGCAAGAAGAGUGAAUGCUGCUCUUGAGAGUGAGGAAACUUUGAGAAAAAUUGCUGCUGAAGAGGCAGCAAAGCAUUUGAAGGCCAGGAAAGAGAUUGAGGAGGCAAAAGUUCUGCUUGCUAAAGAGGCUUAUGAGAGGCAAGUUGCUGAAUUAAAUGCCCUGAAAAAGUCGACAGGGAAAAAGGAAUUUGUUGAUGCACUCUUCUCAUGUGACAAUAGGUACAGGAGAUACUGUAGGAAGGGAAUAGAGAUAGCAACAAACUUCUUCUUAGAGACUAAUGUGAUUGGUGAAGGAGGAUAUGGGAAAGUUUACAAGUGCAGUCUUGAUCAAACCCCGGUAGUUGUUAAGGUUCUUGGACCUGAUGCAGUUGAGAAGGAGGAGUUUCUGAAAGAGGUUGAAAUUCUUAGUCAGCUACAUCAUCCUAACAUAGUUUUGCUUCUUGGAGCCUGUCCAGAGAUCGCGUGUGGGCUUGCAUUCUUACACAACUCAAAGACAGACCCUAUUGUGCAUCGAGAUCUAAAACCAGGUAAUGUCUUACUGGACAGAAACUACUCGAGCAAAAUUGGGGACGUUGGGCUGGCUAAACUCAUUACAGACAUCGUGCCUGACAACAUAACGGAGUACAGAGAAUCAAUUAUUGCUGGUACACUCUUUUACAUGGAUCCAGAGUAUCAGAGAACUGGCACAAUUAGACCCAAAUCGGAUUUAUACUCAUUUGGGGUCAUUAUCCUCCAAGUAUUGACAGCACGGCAUCCAAAUAGGCUUAUAUACAUUGUGGAAAAUGCACUUGCAAAUGGUUCUUUUGCCGACUUUUUAGAUGAGUCAGUCACAGAUUGGCCACUAGAAGAAACAGAGGAGUUGGCUCAACUUGCAUUAAGGUGUUCAAAGCUUAGAUGCAGGGAUAGAUCGGACCUUGAAACUGAAGUUCUGCCAGUUCUCAAAAGACUCCUUGAUAUUGCAGAUCCUAGUUCUAAGAUUGAGAGAAACCAUAUUGAUGCACCAAGCCACUACUAUUGUCCAAUACUUCAGGAAAUCAUGGACGACCCACACAUUUCUGCCGAUGGCUUUACUUAUGAGUACAGAGCAAUCAAAGCAUGGCUUGACAAACACAAUGUAUCCCCAUUGACAAGGCUUAGACUUCAGCAUUCAGAGUUAACUCCUAACCAUACAUUGCGUUCAGCUAUACAAGAAUGGAGGUCAAGCGUGACAUACUCUACUGCCUUAGUGGAUAGACGAGUUGAUUGCACCAGUUCUUGCAAGCUCUCCAAAGCAGAAACUACAUAUCAGGAGUAUAGUUGUCUUAUAUUUUUAACUUGGAUGCUCAGAUGAAAAUGAGCAUUCAAAGUUUGUAUUCAUCACAGAUUAAAAGA